AAGUUUAAUAAGUUUGAGACACGUAAAAAUAUUAAAUAUAUCAAAUAGGUUCAGAUUAAGAUAGGACUGUUUUCAUAGGUAACUCACCUGCCACCAUCCCUAAAUAAAGGAGGAUUGUUAAAGUAAUUAAAGACUUCUAAUGGCCAUAUUAUUUUUCUUUUUCCAAAGAAUAAUUAUUUUUAAUUAGAUAUUCUUUUUAUUUCAAGUAAAUAUUUGAACUAAAAAUCCUAAUCUCGCAAACACAACUUCAAUUCCGGUGUAAAAGCAAAUUGUUUCACAUUUUUCUUUUCAGUGAUAUAAAUACUAGACACGAAAUUUCUUUAAUAACUUUCAGAGACAAACGGGUUUCCUUUCAGCGUGGAAACAAAAACAUAGAGGUAGCGGUUCCCAUUUAAUUAGUUUCGCAAAGAAAAUUUAGACCAAUAAAAGAAAUAUUAAUAUUAUUAUGCAGUGGUCCCAAGUAACAUUGCUACUGAGCUAUCAGCCAUGUGUCCGAUUCUUCCCAGCAAACCAAACCCACGAAAACAACCAAACAAAUUAAAAAUAAAUUCCCAUUACCGUCCCACACGUGUCCGUGAUGUAAUAAUACCCAAAAUUAUAAAAAAUAAAUUAAAAAUAAUAUACAAAUAUAUAAAAAAAAAUUGAAGCAAAUAUCACUAAAAUACCUUCUUCACGUGAACAUGUGUCAGUUUCCUGCAGCGGCUGAGCCCUGAGGCUGAGGCUUCAGUCACAACCAUCAUCCUCCACCACCAUCCUCCUCUACACCGUGCCACUUUAUUUAUAUUUAUUCACUUUUAUUACCUUUCAGAGAGGACCCCCAAAACUGAGUCAAACACGCCAUCUUUUCCAUUAUAACUCGACUCGGUCCUGUCUCCUGCAACUCAGACACCACUCCCCUAUGUACCCUCCACGUGGGGACUCUGUACCCUGCCCUUUCUCUCUACCCAUUCUGCACCUAAAACAACACCUAUCCUCCAAUUAUAUCCCGACACGCCACCUUCUCUCUAUAAUCAAUCAUAAUCCCUUCCCUUUCUUAUACAAUUUUUCAUUUUCUAUUCUCAUUAAAAAAAUAUAUAAAUAAACUACUAUAAUACUAUAAUAAAUGAAAUAGAACCAAACAAAAGGCAGGCGCCGCUCAGCAGCGCCGUACAACAUGGGUUUAGGGCUGACAUCAUCACCACCGGCGCGGAGACUACACUACUCACAUGACCCACAAACUCCCUCUCAUGUCUAAUCAGGCGGCGGCUAUCUGCCCCUUUUUUUAUUUGAAUUUGACGGGACCCACUUCCCUUUUUUUCAAUUAAAGCUGGUUUCUCAAAUAUCCAUGUGAAUAUCCAUCCUUGUGUCUCCACCGUUGAUGCCAAUCCAAUGGCGGAAGGCUAACAUGUGUAUAAAAUAGAGAGAUAGAUGGAGGCUGUCAAUUCCUUUAUAUAAACAAUUACACAUUAAGCUGGUCGUGCCGUCUUGCCGACGAUUACGGGUGACUACGUGGGUCCCUCCACUUUUUAUACACUUCUUUUCCCUCUUCUCUUUUUAGAGCUGUUUCUCUUCCCUCUUCUUCUCUCUGGACCGUAAAGUUUGCUUUUUUUAUUCCUUACUCUGUUGCCUGCUGCUUCUUCUCAUGGCGUCUUCAAGGGAAGGACACUACAGGGGUGUGAGGAAGAGGCCAUGGGGUCGCUAUGCUGCUGAAAUACGUGACCCUUGGAAGAAAACUAGGGUUUGGUUGGGUACAUUUGACACACCUGAAGAAGCUGCACUGGCUUAUGAUGGUGCAGCUCGUUCUCUCCGUGGAGCUAAGGCUAAAACCAACUUCCCUGCUCCAGCCACUGGUCUCUCUCUCGACCUCAACGCCCCAUCUGAUUCUCACGAUCGUUGGAGCUCAACUGCUGGUCACCGCUUCGCCUUCGGUGAGUUCCUGCAAACUGGGCUUCUUAAAGAGAUUAACUUUAACGGAGAAUCUUCUGGGUCCGUGCCAAAUGAGAUUGCUGCUACUACUGCUGGUGGUGCUGGUCCUCCGGUGCCGGAUACUGGUGUUCAGCCGUCGUUUUUGGGGAUUGUGCCACGUGGCUUGCCUAUAGAUUUGAACGAACCUCCACCGUUGUGGCUGUAAUAUUACUUACGACUGACGAUGAGCUCUGUGCUAGCUAGUUCCCGUAGGACAUUUUCCGGCUGGUUUUAACUUUACUAUUUCCUUCUAAUCUCCCUUUUUCUUGCUUUUUAUCUCCUUUUAUCUUAUGUUUCAAAAGGGAGUAAGAGUAACAUCAAAUCAUUAGCAUAAAAAAAAAAAAAAAGACAACUGAUCCAUCUGUAUAUAUAUGUGUUCCUGUGUUUUUAUGAACACCCUUUUUUUCACCUAUUCUUU